UCGAAGGAGCUUGCUUGCACAGCAUGAGUGCAUGCAUGAUUGGAGUAUCCUCUCCAACAUCACUCAUCAGAUUCAGAAAAAGUACAGCGCAUGGAGAACAAUACAUUUCUUCUCCAGUAGAGCUCCUCUGUGUUAUUGAAAUAGUUACAUAACGUUAGUUGAUGUGUUUCCUUGCAAUUCCCAGGAUACAGUAGGUAGAUUAUAGUGUAGUCUCAGCUGUGCAGUGGAGAAUACAAUGACCGCCGACCAGAGCAUCAACCAUCAUUGUGCUCAACUUCUGAAUUGAGAUUUGAGCUGUUUGAGAGUUCAGAUUAUGAUGUCUCGAUCUGUUCUUGUUGUGGACUAUCUCUGAGCUGGUUAGCUAGCAGGUCUGCGAGUAAUGGCUGCGCCACCCCCGAAACCCAGUCGGCCAAAUAAGCCGUCGAUCAAACCCAAGCCAUCGGAAGAAGCGAUCAGGGCCGCGAGAGCAAAAUCCCUGACAUCAGUUGCACCGGCCAACCAGUUCUUUCCUACUGGUUUGUCGGGUGAAUCUUCACCGUCCACACCUCCUCGCAGACCACCGCCAUCCGUACCAGUACCGGCGACAAGUGUAGCUGAAAAAACCAGUGAUAGUGAGAAUGAAAGCAAGACACUGACCGGCACUGCUGAUGUUGACACGCACGCCAGUGAGACUGAUGUCACGAUAGGAAACAGUGAUGCAGAUGCUAAGCCUUCGUCUUCGCCACCGCUGUCGGCGACAGACGGGCGACAGACGGGCAGACGCACCAGUGUGUCGCCGUUGAGCCCUGUUAGCCCAUCGAUACCGGAAAGCAAGGAGUGCGAGUACCCGCCUAUGUCGGAGUCGUACGGUAGCAGCAAUGGCGCCGAGGGCGAUGGUGAUGGACAGGAGCAUGCAUUGGAUGGUGCGACGUCGGAAACUGGUGUAAAAGCAGUGCGCUCCGAUAUCAGCCAGAACUCUAAUAUGAGUCUAUUCAGCAGUAGCAGUGAGAUGGACAGCGACAAUGAGGAGAAUUGCAGUGUAGCAUCUGGAGAAACUUCGCCUCCAGAGGAGAUCUUCUAUGGUAUGGUUGCAAUCAAGCGGGUUGUCAAAGAAGACGAGGCGUCCGUUAAGGAGGAAGAGGAGGACGUCACGAAAACUAUGACAAAGGAGGAGAAACAAAUAUUCAAGAUGAGGAAAACUGCUGAAGAGCUUAUGACUACAGAACAAAGCUAUGUUGCUGGCUUGAAACUGUUAGCAAAGGACUUGAAGGAAAUCCUGGAGAAAGCUCAGCGGGAUGGCGCCUGCAAGGGCUUGGAUGCAGAGAAGAUGAAGUUCAUCUUUGGUGUGCUGCCAGAGAUCUACGGUAUCCAUGUUAGAAUGUUGGACGAGCUCACGCAACGGAUAGCCAACUGGGACCUGAAUCCAAAGAUCGGUGACAUUAUGUCAGAGUUUGCACCGUUCUUGAGGGUGUAUGGAAACUUCACAAUGAACUUUGAGCAGGCAGUGAAGACAGUGUCAGAUAUGGCCAAGUCUGACAAGAAAUUCAAGAGUCUUAUUCAAGAUUUUGAGCGGCAACCCGAGUGCAAGAUGCUUGGAAUUUCCCAUUACAUGCUAACGCCGGUACAGAGAAUUCCUCGCUAUAAUCUGCUUCUACGAGAAUAUCUCAAAUGGGCACCGGAGGACUACCCUGACCGGCCUGGCGCAGAGAAAUCUCUAGAAGAUAUCUCAGUAGCAGCAGAUAAGGCUAACCAGCAGAUCAAAGAGUUGGAGAACUUCAAUAAAGUAAUGAUGGUUCAGCUGUCCAUUGUAGACAAGAUCGACCUAGUCCAGCCUGGUGCUGCACUAAUACGACAUGGCCCGCUGAUGAAGGCAUCACGGAAACUCUUUCAUAAUCGCUAUUUCUUUUUGUUCAACAACAAGCUCAUCCAUGCGACGUCCGUGACCAACCAGCCGUUCGGUGAGGGUGGCCAGUACAGGGUGCGGGCGCUGCUCCCCGUUUCAGAGCUACGGGUGGAGGCCAAGCAGGUUUCGCCUCUGCCCCACGCGUUCACCAUCCUCAGUAAAGCGCGGUCGAUAUGCGUCGCAGCCAGUUCUGCCGAGGAGAAAGAGGAGUGGAUGCAGGAUAUUGCGUCUUGCACUGAGAAGUGGAGACAGAUUCAAACAACGCGCUUUAACAAGGGCGAGGAUGGUGAAGUAAUUGACGGCGGCUAUUCAGAAGACAGCGCUCAGCGGUUAGGCAAAGUUGCGCCCGUGUGGCUUCACGACUCCUCGACGUCAAUGUGCAUGGUCUGUGCACAGCAGUUUUCUACGUUUCGGCGGCGGCAUCAUUGUCGCUGCUGUGGCAAGGUUUGCUGCUCCAAUUGCUCGUCACGGGAAAUGUUCCUGGAGUACAGUGGCAAGAAGGAUCGUGUCUGCGACAAGUGCUUCUAUCAUUUAAGUGGUCAAGAUGACUCGGAGGUCGACAAGAGAAAAGGCAAAACCGUGCCAGGCGUUCGUGAGGUGAAAGGCUACGAUGAGGACUCUGUCCUGACUGGCUAUCUGCAUCUAAAGUCGGGCCUGCGCUGGAAACGCUUCUGGUUUCAAGUGCGGGACCUGGCUCUGUUCUGGUUCCGUGCCCCAGAGGAUGUUGUGGCACAGGGCAGUAAACCCCUACCUGGCCAUGUGGUGGAGUGCAUCAAGAAGGGUUCACAUGGUAGUGAUCGUGAGCACAGCUUUCGCAUCUUUCAUAAAAGCAUUGGAACCAUUCUACUCGCUGGUGAGACUGAUGAUGAACGAGAGAGAUGGGUCACUGUGCUGACCAAUGUCAUCAAAGGCGUUUCAGAUUGAUUUCCAGUGAUGGGAUUCAGCCUGGCUGUAUUCACGCUGCUGCCGUGCCUGAUGCACACGCACACACGGCUCUCAACUUGCGCUACCGGUACCUAUAGUGUUCUAGUGUGGGUGUGAGAGAGAGGUAUUGCCUUAGCCAGUCCCCUGCUCCGCUCUGCAGGUGGACUGCACAGGGAAGCCUCGCUCAUUCGUAGCGUACCCGGCAUUGAUGCAGCAUGCAGUACCUCUGGCCUCGUCCAACCCUUUGCUUUUAUACAAAAUACUUCGAAAUACCUGAGUCAACAACCCCCCCCCCCCCUCGGAUUGAUUAUUCCCAUGUACACUGUCCCUGUAAAAUUACUGCGGUUAUUCUGUUGUUGAAAUUCUUUUUUUUAUGUAGGUUUGAUUUAUCCUUUUGUUUUGUUGUCCACUUGCUGUGUGGCUGGUACCCAGUGUUGUAGAUUAUUGCACAGCGGCUUUCUUGCCGAUCAAGUGAUAGAACUAUUAUGAGUCCCUCUGCUUUACCCGUAUACCAUCUCUAUUGUCCGUGGAUGUUUGUUUUGAUAUCCCACCGGGCUUGUCCUGCUGCCACGUGUAACGUGUCUUUCCGUCGUACCUUACACUACUUGUUUAAAAUCGAUUAUUGCUCUUUUUCUUCCUCUGUAUUGCAAGAUUAGAUCGGCAUCAGUCAGUCGAUCGGUGGCCUUGAUACCUUUCAUUGGCCAAUGCCACGACACCUUUUUAACUAAUAUCGUUCAUUUAAGAUUCCAUCAUUUAUCAAAUAUUAGCCAUUUUUGGCAUUUUACCGGCAUCGUUAGCCGGUCAUUGUUGCUUAUUGCCAAGCCACACACAACUGUCCUGUUCUGUUUUGCAACGAUCCUAUUGCGUGCAAGGUCUUAUCUGGCUUUUUUCUGAUGAACGCAACCUUCGGGACCAACAUCCCGACAUCCACAUACUUGCUUUCUUCAAUAUGAAUUAUCAGAAACGAGGGAUUUUACCCCGUCUCUGUUUAAUUUUAAAUAUUUGCAAGUGUUGCUCAACACAAACUUCAAGUAAAAAUAAUCUCCUUGACAGGUUUGGAUUAUCUGUGCACCGUGA